CUUUACGAGUUGAUGACGCAAGUGCUUACGUAACUGAACUUGAACGAAACAUGGCGGCCCCAGUCAGGACACUUGCCCUUAGAGCUCUCUCCGAUUCUACGCGAAAUAUUCAUCAUGUUUCAAGGUGUCGAAUCAAACAUUUGUGCUGUCGUGCUGCAAUCACAGGGUGUCGCGGAUAUAGCGAUAGCACAGAGGGCAGAAGUACGCACUUUGGUUUCCAAACAGUCCCGGAGGAGGAGAAAGCAGAGAAAGUGUAUAAGGUGUUUGAAAAUGUGGCCAAGAAGUAUGACGUGAUGAAUGACGCAAUGAGUUUGGGAAUACACCGUCUGUGGAAAGACACACUGUUGCACACUAUGAACCCUCAGCGUGGACUACGACUGCUGGACACGGCUGGUGGCACUGGUGACAUCUCUUUUCGCUUCUUGGAGUACACACGCUCAAUGUAUGAUCGUCAGCAGCGGUUGAGAGCAAAAUCCCAUCAAACACCAUCAUGGCAGGACAUCGCUGAUCAUUAUGUGUCAGACAAAGCAGGGCCUCCGCAGUCUCAUGCAGUGGUGUGUGACAUCAACAAAGAAAUGCUCAAAGUUGGUAAACAGAGGGCGGGGAAAGCAGGCAUCACUACAGGUCUUUCAUGGGUCGUGGGCGAUGCAGAAGAGCUCCCAUUCGAUGACGAUCAGUUCGACAUUUACACUAUUGCAUUCGGCAUCAGAAAUGUCACCCACAUAGAGCAAGCUCUACAAGAGGCUUUGCGCGUCCUCAAGCCAGGUGGACGGUUCAUGUGUCUAGAAUUCAGCAAAGUGACCAACCCUCUCCUCACAAGGCUGUAUGAUGCAUACAGUUUUCAGAUGAUCCCUGUGUUGGGUGAAGUGAUUGCUGGAGACUGGAAAUCAUAUCAGUAUUUGGUGGAGAGCAUCCGAAAGUUCCCAGACCAGGAAACAUUCAAGGAAAUGAUCGAGGAUGCCGGCUUCUUUUGUGUCCAGUAUUUUAACCUGACAGGAGGAAUUGUUGCCAUUCAUUCAGGAUUCAAGCUUUGAGUGUCAGCAUACAAUGAACAGAAAGACUGCAGUUAAACAAACAAUGAGCGGAGGAUGUUAAAACGAGCGCACUGAUGGACCAGACACUUGGGUCUCAGGAAACUCCGCAUGAAAACUCCUUUGUUCUUGUAUUUGUUCUGUUGGUAAUAGAAACACUUUUAACCUCUGAAAUGCUGUGGGUUUGACUGAGAUGUUGAAAAUGGCUUAAUUAUUAAAGGCUGAUGAAAUGUGAGCACUAUUUUUAUUUGUGCAAGAUGGACAGUGUGUUUGGUUUUUGGGAAGCACAUGCUGAAAUAAUAAAAGAUUAAAUAUA